UAACGUGGAAUAACAUCAAAAACAUAAAAAAAAGGAAAGAAAGCUAUGAAAAUCCUAUCAAAAACUAUAUAAAAAAUAUAUAAGCUGGACAAAUUUAAAUUUAAUCGUAUCAAGGCGGCCACGAGUAUCGAGGAAAUAGCUGCAAUGGAACCCUCAGCCUGCGAAGAUCUAAAGGCCUUCGAGAGGCGCCUCACCGAAGUGGUUUCAUCGUACCGGCCCUCGACGUUCCGCUGGCGCAAACUUCUUGCAGUUGUCCUCUCCGCCAUGUCCAUGUGCACGGCCAUUAGCGCCUGGUACUGGCUACGAGAUCCACGCACCACCGUUGUACCACUAACAGAGUCCCUCUGGAUCCAUCCCAUCUUCACAGUCGCCACGCUGACAUUGAUCGUCCUCUUCAUCGUGGGGAUACAAAAGCUAGUCAUAGCGCCGCAGAUCAUAACUUCACGAACACGAACGGUACUGGGAGACUUUAAUAUGAGCUGUGACGAUACGGGGAAGCUGAUACUGAAGCCGCGACAAAGCAACAACAACAGUACAUGAGCUCCGGCUCGCUUCCAGGACAUUUUAUUAGUUAAUGCUAGUUCCCUUCGCCCUUUACUUUGCCUAUAUGUUGAUUUGGACACCCUCGCUUUGUAAGCGUACCCUCUUAUAUUUUUCCCAUAACUUUUGUUUAAUUAUAGAAGCUCUAUUGUACAAAAAAAACUAAAAAGGAAAAAAAUCAAUUGUUAAGCUUUAUGUGUUUCGUUAAUAACGUUACCCAUCGCUGCCAAAUACAACAAGCGACAUUUCACUUAUUAA